CAUUUGCCACUUAAGUAUGUUUUUAUAGGCAGUUAGCCUUGGUAUCAUCUUCCAAAUCAUUUUGAUGGUAUGUGGUCAUGUUAAGGACAGAUAACACCUGCCAUCUUCAUUAGCAGCUCAGGCUAUACUCUGUUUAGUUCUGUGGUCCAGGAUGGACUACCCCGCAAACAUGCAGAAAAGCUUUCACAGCACCACAUAGCAAACUUUAUCCAGAGUAUAUCUUCUAUUGCCAAAAAAAACACCACUUAGCAUACUUGUAAGCUUUUACUUCAGUUGUGCUGCUAUCGGUGUUUAUAAGGUGUUCGCAUACCUUUUGUGUAGAUACACGGCUUGCUUUUGACCAAAACUCAAGCUGCUUGAAUAUGGAAACUGCUGCUUUAAUUGGGAAACGGAAAACGGUGCAGUGGCGUGUUUGACCAAGAGAGGGCGUAUCUGUCUUCAUUAUCUUUGUCCUUUCUUGAAAUGUUUUAGAAUUAGCACAUUUUGAUGUCACUGGAUUAGUCUUUGUAGUACACUUUUCAAUUAUUUAGAUGUCAGUGAUUUUCAAGUAUUAUAGACCCAGUGAAGCUACAAAGUGGACAGUGGUGAAGUUGCCAGGCGAACUGAUAGAAAAACUAUAACCAUGAAUUCAGUUCAGGUUUUGAGUUGUUCCGUGAUUACCCACAUAUUUGCAGUGCAUAUUUGUUUGUUACUGUGUUAAGAGUAUUUUAUUUUGUCGUAUUGUAUGUGCAACAUGGGCUAUGCGGAGACUUAUGGGGGCGUCGAGAAACCCAUUUUCUUCCGGGUGCCAGUAUUUAACGGGUGCUAUGAGGAAAAUGUUUUGUUUUGCAUAUGGACCAUGUCAAAAGCCGGACAUUUUCAGGGAGAGCAGUCCGCUCUGUGACCCUUUCAGACCAGCCCCAAUAGGAUGUGAAGGACUUGUCGCACAUUAAAGGAAUGCCUCUGUGCUUACCUGUAGCCAUUUUAAGAACCUUGUCUUCAUAUCUUGAUAUUGACUACCUUCCGGAUUGAUUUUAAGUGGCCUUGAUUGGGUAGGCUAGCUGUAGCCACUGUGCGUUAAUAAAAUAGUCAUCGUUCUAGUAACGUUAACCCUGUUCAUUAGUCUUGUCCGGUAGCUAGACCACGUAUUCUGAAAUAGGCUACAGUGCUUCAUUGUGCUAACCGAAACUCGCGAAUCCUCACUGUUUUCCUGUAAGCUAUGUUUGUUAAUGGUUAUGGAAAUCCUACAGAUAGGAUGCAUUAUGGAGUACUAUGUGGGAUGUACAUUUCCCCUCACCUGUUAGACACAUGGUAGGCUCAUCUAAAAGGUACAGGGCUUGCGUGUUAAAGCAAUAGGCUACAUUGUAGACUAACGGUUUUUCCAUGGUUCAGGGUUACUUCCUGGUGCCACAGAAGGAGGCAGUGCUGAGUUAGAGACAGAAAUCCUGAUAGAAAUUUGAUAGAAAAAUACAUGGAGAAUAGAACGACAGCGAGAUUUGGUUACCAUAUUUAUAUUAUUUCUGUUAUAGUAAGCUAUUUGUACAAUUCUUGUCGGGGUUAUGUGUUUACUUGUGGGCUAAAGCAGAAUCGUUUUGGAUUAGUAGCCUACACGGAUGCCUAAGGUCCGGCUGAUUGCGGUUUAAACGGCAUUGUAACUGGAAGCAGAUUCUUCUUAGCGGCGGAGCACCGUCGCACUGAUUUUAUCCUUUCGCACCAUUGUUUGUGCGUUUAUUUUUCUGUUCUGGUUUGGCAGCAAGAAGACACUAAAUCAUUUUCGAUCGACAAGAUAGGUUAACAGAAAAUGGGUUGUUUGGGUAACAGUAAGACGGAGGACCAACGCAUCGACGAAAAAGCACAGCGCGAGGCGAAUAAAAAAAUAGAGAAACAGUUGCAAAAAGAAAGACAAGCGUACAAAGCCACACAUCGUCUGCUAUUAUUAGGGGCCGGGGAGUCGGGGAAAAGCACUAUUGUGAAGCAGAUGAAGAUUCUUCAUGUCAAUGGUUUUAACGCGGAAGAAAAAAGACAGAAAAUACAAGACAUAAGGAAAAAUGUAAAGGACGCCAUCGUGACUAUAGUCUCUGCUAUGAGCACUUUAAUGCCACCUGUUCCACUAGCUAAUCCCGAGGACCAGUUUCGGAUUGACUACAUCAAAAGCAUAGCUCCACUUUCUGACUUUGAUUAUUCACAGGAGUUCUUUGACCAUGCAAAGAAACUUUGGGACGAUGAAGGAGUUAAAGCAUGUUACGAGAGAUCCAAUGAGUACCAGCUCAUCGACUGUGCACACUACUUUUUGGACAGAAUUGAUGCCGUAAGACAAAGCGACUACACACCAACAGACCAAGAUUUGCUACGUUGCAGAGUGUUGACUUCAGGGAUUUUCGAAACCCGUUUCCAAGUAGACAAAGUAAACUUUCAUAUGUUUGAUGUGGGUGGCCAGAGAGAUGAGAGGAGAAAAUGGAUCCAGUGCUUUAAUGAUGUGACAGCCAUCAUCUUUGUAGUGGCGAGCAGCAGCUACAACAUGGUCAUAAGGGAGGACAACACCACAAACAGGCUUCGGGAGGCCCUCGAUCUCUUCCGGAGUAUUUGGAAUAAUAGAUGGUUACGAACGAUAUCCGUCAUAUUAUUCCUAAACAAACAGGACAUGUUGGCUGAAAAAGUGUUGGCUGGGAAAUCCAAAAUUGAAGACUAUUUUCCUGAGUAUGCUCGCUACACCAUACCAAAUGAAGCAACCCCUGAGCCUGGAGAAGACCCAAGAGUGACCAGAGCAAAAUUCUUCAUCCGUGAUGAGUUCCUGAGAAUCAGCACUGCAAGCGGUGAUGGCAGACACUACUGCUACCCCCAUUUCACCUGUGCCGUGGACACCGAGAACAUUCGCCGGGUCUUCAACGACUGCCGAGACAUCAUUCAGAGAAUGCACCUUCGACAGUACGAGCUCUUGUGAACUGGGCCCUGUAUGCUUCAAACAAAAACAAAAACACAGAACAAGAAAGGGCAACCCAAAACUCAAACCAUGGAGGAGUACUACUGAAGUUUGUGAAACCCACCUUUUACAUUUUUUUUUUGGAGUGCUUUCUAUUGGGAUAGUAGUCUUUUCUCCCUCUUUGAAAGCUUUCAUUGUUUCUGCUAUUCCAUGGAGCCUUUGGUUGCCUCCCAAUUGGAUUAUUAUUAUUAUUAUUAGUAGUAGUAGUAGUAGUAGUAGUACUGCAAUUCAACUUCAUUCAAAUCCUGGACUGGCCUGAUCUUCCCUGAAUGGAUGGAUUGAUGGGCGUGUCUGUGAACUGCCGGAUGCAGAUGAAUUGCCAGAUGAGUUGAGCGUUUGGCCUCUUCCCACUGAGCUGUGACCACCCACCACGUUCACAUCUACUCACUGAAGUCUUCAGCUACUUCACUGAAACAUACUUUGUGAGGGUGGAAGGGGCUGUUUCAAACACAACAAGUACUGACGUCAGACACGAGAGGAAGGUAAACAUGCACUUUUGCAUCAGAUUUUAAAUAAAAACUUUUAAAGUCCACACAAAAUGUAGCAUCACAAAUAUUUAUUUACUUGGUCAGAGUUUUCGUGUCUGCAAGGGUUGUGUGUGUAGACUGGUGCACAGAGGAAGUAGACUGUUUCUUAAAACCCCUCUGGUCCCAGAGAGCGUCUCAGGGGAGCCAGGAGAUGUGACGGUGAAACGUAGACUGUAAAAACACGGGCAGUCAGCCUUCAUCAUCAGAGAAAGGACAAGCCACCACUCUCGCUCUGCUCCGUCCGCACGGCCACCUGUUGGGGGAGGCUCUCAAAGUGAAGAAUUGGAAGUUCUACUACGGUUUUUGGUUUCAUAACUUGUACAUACUGUGCAAGGCAGAUUUAUCUUGUACAGACUGAAAAAUGUAAUAUUGUUUUGUACAACUUUAUUGAAAUAUAAAAAAUCUACUUGUAGAUCUUUGUGCCUUGAUUAUGGCUGUACCUGUAAAAUGAGAUGCUGAGAUGUAAGUAUGUUUUGACUGCGCUGUACAGCUUGAUGUCAACCUGCAGACAGAACUCCUCUCUAGAGUUUAGGGGGUUUUGUUUUGUUUUUUGUUUGUUUUAAUGUUUUAUUUUUUAAGGAAAUGCUGUUUAUAUAAAAUAAAUAAAAUGGGGGAAUUAAAAAAUGUAUACAAUAUGCAAAUGUAACACUUACCUGCAGUGAGGACGAGAUCCAGCACUAUGCCUUUUCUUUUAUUCUCCUCUCCUCCCUUUUCUUUUAUUCUCCUCUCCUCCCUUUUCUUUUAUUCUCCUCUCCUCCCUUUUCUUUUAUUCUCCUCUCCUCUCCUCCCUUUUCUUUUAUUCUCCUCUCCUCUCCUCCUUUUGUAUUUCAGUCUCAGCUUUAAAAAGGAAAUCAAGUGAGGUGCCCAAAAUUGCAACCUGGUGUUGUUAAAAUAGGAAGGAUUUUUUUUCUUUCUUGUUUGUUGUUAUUCAGAUUUUAAGUAAAUCGUGUGUGUGUGUGCGUGUGUGUGUGUGUGUGUGUGGGUGCGUGUGUGCGUGUGUGAUGCAUAAAGAGAAAAUAAUGUGUACAUAAAACCUGAUGUUGGCUCACAAACACAUUGCGUAUGUAUGUUCAAGUGUGAAUCUGAGUGCAUUUAAUGUGCUACUUGUGUAAUAUGUACAUGUACAUUUAUAGACAUAUAUAAAUAUAUAUGUACAAUUUAUACAUGUUUCAUUAUGUGUGUGCCUAGGUGUAUACAUACAUGAUGUAUGUAUAUUGGAAAGAUGUAUAAAUACACACAUAGGUAAGCAUGUCUAGAAUGAGAUGAAUAAAUGAGCGUGUGCAAUAUUGAAUACACCUUUGGGAAGGGGCGUGUUUACUGGCUCACAGACAAUACAUUGAUCAUUCAAUCCAGUAUGUUUUCUACUGUUUUGCCACUAAUUUAAGGAAAUGAAAGCCAAAUUUAAAAUGUUGUAAAAAAAAACUCUUCAAACUCUAAGAAUAUUACUCUUAAUCUGAAUCUGCUUCUGUAAAUCGAACCUAUUUCUUACAGUAAAUACUGCUGCUGUUCAGUCCAUGGUCCUACUACAAGGCAAAAGAGAGAACACAAACUAUGGCCAAGAACAACAGCUAUGGUGAGGGGGUUACUCUUUUUGCCUGGAUAAACAAGGCCUAGCAACAUGGUGUGCUCGUGGGCCAGUAUCCUCAAGAAACAAGGCCUUCGCUGCCCUGCCCAGAUAGGAUAGGGAAGGGUACAAACAGGAGCAGAGAUUAAACAUUUCUAUGCAUAAAAUUUUACAUCACAACAACAGUACAGAAUAUUGCAAAAUAAAAUUUUAACUUGAA